UGCUGACUUAAUGACAUCUAGACCAAGGUGAUGCGCAGACUGGGCUUUGAGAAGGUACGUAGCCAGCUCAAGAGCCCCUCAAGAGCUACUUGUAGGUAGAUGUGCAGGAAUGUGGAGAAAUUCCAGAGACUUGUUGCUCCAGGCUCAUAAAGCGCAGUGCUGAGGGGCUUCAUCAAGGGGCCAAAAGCAGAGCUGAGGUUUGAGAGUACUCUGCUUUGAUAUCCGUGCUGUGAAUUGUGUCUUGCAGCGGAGAGCCGGUUCCAUCUGGUGAAAGAGCUGUCAAGCGGCCGUUGAGGACACUAACGAUGGUGCUGUCUCCAUCAGCAAGUUUCUUAUGAAGCGGCAGCUCGCACCUGGGGCUUGCAGGGUGUGAUUGACAAAUCAGUGCUGUGUCUGGCGACUCAAGCUGAGACAAUGCAAUCAGCAACCAUGAAUGCCCUGGGCGGUCAGAGGUUUGGGCAGCAUUUCAUGAAUAAGGGUCCGCGGUGCAGCAAUGUCACACAGAGCCCAACAGCUCGUUGGCAGCCGCUGACAUCACACCCCUCAACUAGAGCCCGGGCCUCUCUACAAUGUCGAAACCUCCAAACCCCAUCAGCCAGCCCAUCUCUGCCACUGCGCUCUCCUUUUCGUGGCUCCCCCAUUACGCCUCUAUCCGGCACCCGUCUUCGGACGGGUCAGCCCCUUGGUAACUUCACCCCCCUUUCUGAACGCUGCCUAAAACCGGGUUAUCUCAAAGGUCUUCCUAACCCUCAACCUAGAAAGGGGAUCAUCACCUGCGCUCAGACCAUCGACGUGAUAAACAGCCUGGGGUUAGACACACUCACAUUCCUCGCGGCGACAGUCAUGAUUAUCCCCGCGUUUAAGUCAAUCAAAGUUAGCCCGGUGAUCGGGUUUCUGGGGGCAGGAGUGGUUCUGAACCACUUAGGAUGGUUCCGCAACGUGGAGGAUAUUGAGCGGUUAGCGGAACUUGGGAUCCUCUUCCUGCUCUUUGAGAUGGGACUCGAGCUGAGCAUCGAGCGACUGCGAGCAUUGGCCAAGUUCGCGUUCGGAAUGGGGCUCGCACAGGUCCUGCUCUGCUGUGCCACCUUCACCUUCUUCGAGCUGCCCAUCAACAACGCCCUCGGAACCCGCAUCCUAACCACUGUUCUGCACUCCAAGCCCGACUUGGUUAACAUCCGCAGCCUGGACGAGGCUGUCGUCAUCGGGGCUGCGCUCUCGCUCUCGUCCUCGGCGUUUGUGCUGCAGCUUCUGGCGGAGAAGGGCGAACUGCCGACGCGGUUUGGGUCAGCGACGUUGGGAGUGCUGCUGAUGCAGGAUAUCGCGGUCGUUCCCCUGCUGGUCAUCCUGCCAAUCCUGGAGAGCGGCAAGCUGAGCGGCGACCCCAGCGUGCUCUGGGCGACGCUCGGUAUCACAACGCUGAAAGCGCUCGGGGGCCUGGGGCUGCUUCUAUUGGGUGGCCGCUUGCUUCUGCGACGAGUGUUUGAGACGGUCGCCGACUCCCGCAGUACUGAGGCCUUCAUCGCCCUCAGCCUUCUGACUGCCACGGGGACCUCGUACCUCACCCAGAAGCUGGGCUUCAGUGACACGUUGGGCGCGUUUCUGGCGGGUGCGCUUCUGUCCGAGACCAACUACCGGACGCAGAUCGAAGCGGACAUCAAGCCCUUCCGUGGACUGCUCAUCGGGCUGUUCUUCGUCACUACCGGGACCUCCAUCGACCUCGGUCUCAUCGCCACCAACUGGCCGGACAUCACUGCGUUGCUCCUCGGCAUGUUGGCGGUCAAGACCGGAAUCGUUACCGGACUGGCCCCGCGGUUCGGACUCACCCUCGCCGAAAGCGUCCGCACUGGACUGCUGCUGUCGCAGGGGGGCGAGUUCGCCUUUGUCGUUCUCGCUCUAGCCAACAGGUUGGGCGUUCUCCCGUCCAACCUGAACCGGCUGCUCAUCAUCGUGGUUGUCCUCUCGAUGGCCCUCACUCCGCUGCUGAAUGAGCUGGGCCGCUGGCUGGCCGUCAAGAUCGAUGAGAUAUUCACCGAAGUCAUCGACAUCGACGCGGACGCACAGUCGCAGAUCACGGAGGCGGUGGAGCCGAUCGUCAUCAUUGGGUUCGGGCAGCUUGGACAGGUCCUGGCCAACCUGUUAUCCACCCCCCUGUCCAGCGCCGAGGCUUCCCAAUCCAAAGGCUGGCCCUACGUCGCGUUUGAUCUUGACCCGAAACGGGUUAAGACUGCGCGCAGCCUGGGUUUCCCGGUUAUUUUCGGCGACGGCAGCCGGCCCCAGAUUUUAACCAGCGCAGGGGUAACCAAACCCAAGGCGAUCAUGGUCUGUUACACCGGACGCCAGCGCGCGGUUCAAGCCGUGCGGAGCGUUGCCGAGAUCUACAAAGAGGUGCCGAUCUACGCACGCGCGCAAGAUCUGAGCCACUCGUAUGAGCUGAAACUCGCGGGCGCCACGGAAGUGGUUCCGGAAAACACGGAGACCAGCCUUCGGUUGGGGUCCCGGCUGCUGGAAGACCUGGGGAUGAGGCAGGAUGACGUCACGUUUCUGCGGCGGACUCUGAGGGAGUCGAUGGAGUUCCGAGCUCAGGAGUGGGGCGCCAAGGGGGGGGAGUCCGCUGAGUCGCAGCUAGUCAUGAUCACCCCCCCGAAGCUGGAAAGAGGCCCGAGAACGGCCCCCCCGGCUGCCGAGGCUGUGGCGGGCGCAGCUGCCGCAGCGAGUGUGCUGCAAACGGGGGGACAGCCGGUUACUGCUACAGGAAACCGGGUUUUGGGGAAGGAUUUGGGGGGGGUAACGGAAGACGGGAAGAUCCCGCUUCCGGGGGGCGUUGCGCUGGCUUCGUGGAGAGAACUCGAGGAGGGGGUGCUUUUGCAGCAGGAGAUUGCACUGCGGAAGCAGCUGGAAGAGCUGAAGAUGGAGCAGGUUAAGUUGAAGUACGGGUUAGGGACCGAGCAGGGGCCGUACUGUCUAGUGCCCGCCAAAGAAGGGGCGGUCAAAGAUGACGUCAGCGCGGAGGGGGCGCCAGGGGCGCCCACGUUGGCCGCAGUUGCGGUUGCUGACGUCAGCGCGCCUGCGACGGAGGGCGCGGGAUCAGAGAAUGGAGCGAGCGGUCCCUCGUUGGCCACGCAGGGCGGUUUCGGGAGCGUGGCUUUCGUCGUUAAUGACGUCAGCGGCGUGGCGGGAUCAUCAGUUGAUGGAGAGACGGCAGGGAAAGAUGCCUUAGAAGGUGACGGCGCGUCGGUGUCCGCUUCAACGGCGGAGCAAGACCGAGACGCCGUGACGGUCCCCCGGAAGUCGACGAACGGAGCAAGCGUUGUGCGUUCAGAGGAGACGAGCGAGUCGAUGCCGUCCGUUUCCGGAUGGGCGGACCGCGAAGCAGCGUCCGAGAGCAGCACUUCGGACGAUACCUUAUGGGCGUGGGCGUCCGCAACAGUGGGCGAGACAAGCCGCUCGAGCGGCGGGGGCUACAAAAUGCAGGAAAGGGGCCCGGAGAGAGACGAUGACCUGGGGUCUGCGCAGGAGGAGGAUAGCGUAUGGAGCUGGGUGGGGAAGCGAACGGAGGACGAGGAGAAACAGUCGAGCGUCGACGACGAUUUGGGGGCGCCGACACCGGACGAGAACAGCAUUUGGAGUUGGGCGACGCCAAACCGGGCGGUGAAAGAAUCGGAGAUCGACUCCCAGGGCUUUAUCAGGGCUGCGGUCAACUGGGACAUUUCCUCUAGAGGUUCCGUGCAGGACGUCGUGGAGAGGAUACCCCUAAAGCAGCUCGCGCGGUGGAUCGGGAAGAAGCGCGCGACUGAGGAGCUGGGGGUGUGGGCGGAGAACAGCGAGGGGAGUGGUGGAUCCCCCGACUUGGACCCCGUCGGAGAGGUGGAGGACUACGACGAGUUUUCGGACGGGGAUGAGUUUUCCGGAUAUAUGACGGUGGAAGAGGAUCCUCAAAGGGAAUACGAUGAUCUGGAGGGCGAUAUUGAGUUGGGCAUCUUUGAGCAGAUGGCGCCCUCCGGCAAAGAGGGGCAGAAACAAGCGUCCGACAAAGGGUCAGGGCCUAAGGAGGGGAGGGUUAGAGGUAACCAAGAGCAGGCGAAAGCGGAAGCUCCGAAUCCAGAUAUCGAGCAGAUGCAAGAGAGUAUCGAUGGUCACCCGAACGUGAUAGAAAACGACAAGCAGAGGCUGAAGGAUAUUGCGCCGGAGUUCCGAGGGACGGAAUACGAGCCGGGUGCGGAUAUCGAGGCGCACGCGAUACAAAAGGAUGGCGUGAUCUUGGAAGACACCGAACGGAGGACGGGCGUUUCUGCUAGGGGGAAGAGGUAGACGAGCAUUCUUUAGAAUGAGUUGUUCAAAAUUGGGCAUUCUUUUCGUGUCUAUUUGGCUCCAAGUGUUGCUUUUUAGGACCGGGCAGUAUCAAAUUGUGUUGACUAGUACGCCCCAUGGCCACUGACACGCCAAACUCCGGCCAGUGUAGUAGACGGACAAGGCAUCAGUAUGACGCGAAACGAAGACAUCUUGAUGCGGCCUGGGGCUGUGGCUGCAUUCUGAUCGAAUUCAUUCACUAGUAAGAUGAC